CUGUCUUUCGUUUCUUGGUAUACCGUCGGCUCUAUCUCUCUCACUUUCUCUUAUAUAAGAACUGCUAGCUUUUCACCAGCGGCAGAUCUUCACAACGCUCUCCGGGAAACAAGAAUACACGUCCCUUCACAUGAACAGCCUCAACUGACUGCCGUAUAUCGAACAUUAUCCGCCGUGUUCGGCGAAAUCCAUUGAACAAUGGGUCUUCUAUCAUAUGUGAAGCCCAAGGCCAAAGAGGCCAAGGAGCCAAAGAAUGCCAAACCCGAGGUCGUCGAAAAGAGCAACGCCGUCAUGCGCUCAGCUGCUCCUACACCCGGCUUCAACACUCCAGGCAUGACCUCCGGCGCAGCAACACCGACAUGGUCGCGCCCAGGUUCAAUUUACCCCAGCGGAGAGUUCCGCAACUCCCACGCAGAUGACAUCAACGAGAUCAAGUGCGAUGUCAUGGUCAACUGGCUGUACCAACAGCAGAUGGAAAGGCUCUGGACCGCCGGCGGUCUUGACGAGGGUGUCGUUCUCAAGAAGUCGCGUGGUGCCUACACUUGCUGCCCCGGCGACAUCGUAGAAGAGCCAUAUGGAUUCUUCAAGGCUGUCGAGACUCUCAACGUCAGGGUCGCCAUGACUGUCAACACUCGCGUCAUCAAGCUGUUCCUCCACAACAACGACAAGCCGUACGUCCCGCUCCGCAACGGUCUUCGGCUGCAGGUUCUUCCCGAUAUGUCCUACUUGCCUCGUUGCCAGAAGCAUCAAUUCGCCGCAUUCAUUGCCGACCGCGGCCUCCUGGUCGUCUGGGACGACGAGCCUCGCCACCUUCUCGACCGCGCCAACAAGAUCGAGCAGUCCCUCAUGGAGAUGAUCUGGCAGAGCGAGCCAGAGGACUUCGACGAGAAGAAAGAGCCUGAAAUCGAGAUUGAGGAGAUCAAUGCAGUUGGCGAGGACGGAGAGACAGUCGAGCGUGGCAGUCUUGAGAAGCCUCGACGCAUCGUCUUGUGGCAACCCAUUGUCUCUGCUCUUGUUCUCGCACUGGCUAUCUUCACCAUUGGCCUGGGUUGGCGAGAGGUUGCCAUCGAGACCUACAUCGACGGCAGCUACAUCCGUCUUGCCUUCCUCCUCGUCCUGCCUCUCCAGCUCUGGAUCGGUUUGUUCUUCUUCCAAACUGUUAUCGGUGACAUUGUUCAGAUCAUUGGUCCUAUCGCCUUCCUGAACGAGAACACCAAGUUCUUCUCUGGCAAGAGGCCGAAGCGUAUCCGACCUGAGAAUGGCCAGCUUCCCCACGUCACUAUUCAGAUGCCCGUCUACAAGGAGGGUCUCGUUGGUGUCAUCGAGCCCACUGUCCGAUCUAUCAAGGCUGCCAUCUCCACCUACGAAAUGCAGGGCGGAACCGCCAACAUCUUCGUCAAUGACGAUGGUAUGCAACUGAUCUCCGACGAGGAUGCCCGCGCGCGCCAGGACUUCUACGACGAGCACAACAUCGGUUGGGUCGCCCGCCCGAAGCACAACCCGAAGCCUGCUGAGGGCGAGGAAGUCUUCCUUCGUCGCGGUAAAUUCAAGAAGGCCUCUAACAUGAACUACGCCAUGUGGGCCAGCAACCGUGUUGAAGACAAGCUUGCGGUCAUCGAACGCCACGAGGGCUGGACUCAAGAGGACGAGGCUAUCGCAUAUAAGGACGCUCUAGCUGAGGUUGUCGAAGAGGACCAGGGUCGCACCUGGGCCGACGGCAACAUUCGCAUGGGUGACUACAUUCUCAUCAUCGACUCCGAUACUCGUGUGCCCGUCGACUGCUUCCUUGAUGCUGUUUCCGAAAUGGAGCAAUCUCCCCAGGUCGCCAUCAUCCAAUACUCCUCUGGUGUCAUGAACGUCACCGACUCCUACUUCGAGAAGGGUAUCACUUUCUUCACCAACCUCAUCUACACUGCCAUUCGGUUUGGUGUCGCCAGUGGUGACGUCGCGCCUUUCGUCGGUCACAACGCUGUGCUUCGCUGGAGCGCUCUGCAGGCUAUCGGCUACGACGACCCUCUUGACAACCGCGAAAAGUUCUGGUCCGAGAACACCGUGUCCGAAGACUUCGACAUGGCUCUUCGUCUUCAGACCGCUGGCUAUAUCGUGCGUCUUGGUGCCUACACUGGCGAUGGUUUCAAGGAAGGUGUCUCCCUUACUGUCUACGACGAAUUGGCCCGAUGGGAGAAAUACGCCUACGGAUGUUCCGAGCUGAUCUUCCAGCCCUUCCGCUACUGGCCCACUCGCGGUCCUUUCACCAAGCUCUUCAUCCGCUUCAUCUGCUCGAGCAUGCCUCUACCUUCCAAGUUCACCAUCAUGGCCUACAUCGGUACUUACUUCGCGCUCGCCUCCGCUUGGAUGCUCACCCUCGCAAACUACUUCCUCGUCGGCUGGUUCAAUGGUUCGCUCGACCACUACUACGUGGACAGCUUCCGAAUCUACUUCUCCAUCAUCAUCGUCUUUUCUGCCGCCGGUAACGUCGCCCUCGCUGUGCUCCGCUACCGUUGCGGCGAAAAGGGCCUCAUCGCCAGUUUCUUGGAGAACUUGUCAUGGAUCCCAAUGCUCUACAUCUUCUUGGGUGGUGUCUCUCUCCACGUUUCCCAGGCUAUCUUGUCGCAUCUCUUCAGCAUCGACAUGACCUGGGGUGCCACCAGCAAGGAAGCCGAGGACACAACCUUCUUCGAAGAAGUGCCUCGUCUCCUCAAGAACUUCAAAUUCACCUUCCUCUUUGUCCUAUUGGGCAUCGGAUUGAUCGUCGCGCUGGCGCUUUUCGCACCUCCGUUGUGGCGCAUCACCGAGCUCACGGCCAUCUACCCUCUCGCGGCUCUGCUGUUCGGCCACUUCAUGUUGCCGGUCGUGCUGAACCCGGGUCUCAUGCGCUUCACCUGGUAAACUGCUUCAUUUGCGACUAGAUUGCUUGCGGCGUUUUUUGGGCGAUGACGACGGUGCUCUCAUCUUCUCUUCAAUUUCUUUUUUCUUUCUGUGACAAAUUUACGAUACGCUGCGAUCAUUGGAUCGGUCUCUUCAGUAUACUGGACGCACCGAGCACGAAUUAUGUGUUGGUGAUCUGCAAAUAGACUUUUUAUGACCGAUUUCUCUAUAUUCACACGACAUUCCGUCAUGGUGUUGGCUCCAAUAGAUUCUCUCUGGAUUUUCAUCUACUUCUUCAGGAAUUAAAUCAAUUGUUCUUCAC